AUGCAUGAAGACAUCAUUGAGCGGAUGCGCGCGAGAAAUGAUGUCUCUAGCACCCAGGAAGCAAACAGCCCCGAGCACCUCGUGCCUCCUUUACCUUUAACGCCGAUAAGUUUGCACUCCGAUGUUCUCGCCCGCAGUCUGGCUGUACCAGCCACUGACCCACCUAAGGCGGCUCCUGUCAUCUCACAAAACCAUCCAUGCGCGAAAAUCUCGUCAGAAGAUCAUAUCUGGGAAGAGAAAGCAUGUAAAGGCAUCGCUCACAAGGGGCUGAGCUUGGACAAAGUCUGGGAUAAAAAGACGUGGAAGCAGAAAGCCAACAACAUCGAACGAUUGAAGUUGCUAAAGGACGAUGGGUACGACAUCAAAUCUCUACAGGCCCCGAAGACAUCCGCAGAUGCAAUAAUCGAGGCUCUACUGGCUCACGUCAAAGUACGGAAGGAGAAGAAUCUGGAUCUUGCAGCUUCUACAGUACUACAGUCAACUCCCAGUGAGGAAGUACCAGAAGCAGGGAAAGAAGAUAGCUAUGACCCCACUCCAGCGAACGAUGACGACGCAGCGCAUGCGGAGCCCAAGGAAAUUGCAGACCAUGUUCCAUCGGAUGCGACACCACAAGGUGUUCCGGAGUUUGCGCACGAUGAACCAGAAUCGCAUGAUGAACCAGAAUCCCACGAUGAACCAAAAUCGCGCUCAUAUAUCCCGCCCCUCGCAGGCCUGAAACGCAAGCAUACCCAUGAGGAUGAAAACCAGCCUGAUUGGCACCAAGACAACCCACAAAAGGAACUUCACGAAGCCUACAACACAGCAAACUCCAACACCCUCGUCGACCUGCCGUGCACUUGCAGGAUCGCUAAGAUAGCGCGAGUGUUGACAAGGGAAGAUUUCGCCAACGCCUUCGCACAACAAGCUGCGUUCAUAUACAGUCGACAGAUUGGUCGUGACAUCUUCCGCUACGCUAGAAAGAUGAGAAGUAUAUUUCAGGACCCAACUUCGAAAGAAUCCUUCAAUGACUGUAUGGCGUCGUGGAGACCCUCACGGAUCAUCUUUCAGUCGCCGCCAUCGGCCGCUCGACAGUCCUGCGAGCCGCAUGUGUAUAUCAGCGCGCAAGGUAUCAAGCUGAUGAUGUGGGAGCUUUCGCACAUCGCUUACGAUCCUUAUGAAGAUGGUAACUGGUGCAUCGCAGACCCCGACGAAAUUGAAGAUCGAAAGGGCGAUGGAUUAAUGGAAGCAUGCAACCCAGUAAAGGACGACUUUCGGUACAAGAUCCGCAUUUCCGAAACUCCAACAUUCCCUAUGAUCAUCGAAGGAGAGACCAUGGCACUGGUGGGUCUACUGAGACGUCUUCGUAAGAGCGGUAUCAGCUAUUACCACAAAGGACAGUAUGAUCCGCAACGGAUGGAGGUAGUCGCGUAUGACAAUGAAACCAGGCAAUUAAGUGAUGCCACCGAGACUGCUUUAGAGGAUGCUGAAAAGAUGUUAGAGGCGGAACAAGCUCUUGGUGGCUUAGAGGUCCAUAUUGGGUGGCUGGAAAGCUCAGACUACCUAGAUACUACACCCAUAAUGCCCGUACGCACCCGCAAAAUCGGCGUCAACGAUAAAGACAAAACAGCUCUCGCAUUUGGCGACGAUGACUUCCGCCGCCAUUGGGUCUCCGGUCAGGUUGGGGGUGGCCGCAACACCGAUUCAAGAGUCGCAUUCAACCAACAAGACAACGGGUUCAAGCAUCUAAAACUCACCGUCGCAACCCUCGUCGACGCCAAAACCAAUGAGGCACCUGACUUUGCCAACUUCGGUCCCGAUGAAGAGGCGAAAUACCACGGGAUGUUGCGCAGCAAGCUCAGCCUGGCCAAGGACUACAUACUCAAGGAGAAGGACCUGUCUCUCGACCCUGACCGAUUCGGUGCGCGCCACGAGCCGACGUCACUAGCCCUCGCCGCACCGCCUAUCAUGAUCGACCUGUAUUCUCAGCACAUGAUCCGGCUCCUCCUCGAUAUCUCAGCACAACUUCGCCAGGUCAGCGCUGAGACUCCGGCGGAUGAGGUUGAGACCGUGCUAGAGGGGCCGAUGAGAGAUUACUUGGAGUUCUGGGAGAGGUUACAGAAUAGUCUCUCAUGGCAGCUUCCCGGAGAGGAUAACGAGGCUAGGAUGGGCGAGGCGGAUAGGGCUAUGAAUGAGGUGUUGGAGAAGUUGGUUGAGCCUUAG